AAAGCAUUUGAAUCGAUAGAAACGCUCAGAAUAACACGAUCUACUUGGAGAUAGACAUCAGUCGAUAUGUCUCCCCCUCCUCCAUCUCAAAAAACCAACCGACGAAAACGUAGAAGGCGUCAGCUAUCCAUUUCCAGUUCUUCGGAUGACGACUCUAGCUCGGACGAUGAAGUUGCCACCUCCACUAUUCAACUAGCUUCACAGGAGGCAAUGGAGGUGGAUGGCGCUUCCUCGUCAGCAUCUUCAUCUGAAUCUUCUUCGUCUUCUUCGUCGGACUCUUCAGCCUCGGAAUCGGACUCUGACUCAGACGCAGAUUCGGGUUCUGAAUCGUCUGCUGAGAUCGCCAAAGUAGUCACUGCCCCAGGGCUAGCAGGCCAACCCAAACAACGCACGCGGUAUCCUACAAACUCACCUUCACCAUCUCCUGACUCUACACUUCCUCCUUUCUUCCGCUCCCCCGCCGAAGGAGCGGAAUUAGCCAGUUUAGAGGAACGCAGGAACAAGUUCAGGACAGUGUAUAUGAACAAAAUCGUGGAAGGUUUUGGAGGAGAGUUGGAGAAAAUGCGAGAGUCAGAUCCCACUUUGGGUCCUAAAAGAUUACAACUGUUGAUCGACUCUUUGGCAUCAGGUAUCGACGUGUAUAAUCAGCCCAAGCAAACAAAGAGAGACGACGACGUAGACGAAGUUACAUUGUUGAUCGGUGAAGAAUCAUGAGCUUGUUCAUAAAGGGUUUAGCAUCCCAACGAAUGUUAGAUAGUAGACGAGUGGGAUAGUCGGUCUAUGUAUGUAAUGAAGCA